AGCAGCUUGACAUAAGUAUGCUGCAUCGUUCUCUAGAGAUACAUUUUUCAAAUUUCACUGCGCAGUUAGAUUACAAACCAAACGUUCUAACGUUCACGGACAUUUAUAUUUUGAUUUUACUGACAAGUGUCGACGUGAGCGAUGCAUAAAAAAAACAUGCCCAAACAUACAGUGGGAAACAGGCCGAGCUAACGCUAAGUAAUUAACAUUAGCUAACGUCAGCAACGACACCAUCAACCCCAACUUAAAGCAUAAGGCACCCUCUGUGGGCUUUGCUGGCGUUAACCGCCCAGGAAGAAGCUGCUGCCUCUUAAUAGCCGUCAUAAUGUAAGUUGUCCUCUUUAUUCCUGUGCUUGGUGACACUUUCGCACCUCCUCCAGCCCCCGGAGCCGCUCCGGCGCCAUGUGGCCGUGCGUGGCCGCUCUCCUGCUGCUGCCGCUGGGAGGAUGCGCGCGGAGGACCGGCCCGUCGGCCCUGACCGAGCACACGGCGGCCGACUUCAGCGACGCAUUGCAUUCUGGGAAGACGCUGUUCAUCUAUUUCCAGCAACUGGUCUCCCCAACCAUCUCCCUCUUCUUGGUGGAGUUGGAGCAGUCAGCUGACGCUCUGCAGCAUUAUGGGGUGCUGGUUGGCAAGGUAAACUGCAAUAAAGAGUCUUUUCACGGGUACUGCGCCGAGGAGAAGGCCGUGAACACAGUGUUUCUCUUCAGGGGUGGGAAGGAGUUCUUGGGUUUCAGUCUGGACAUCGUGUUUGACGUCAACUCCAUAGUGUCCGAGGUCCUAUUUGCCAUUCUGCGUGAAGAGAUCAAGUACGUUCACACAGAAACUGACCUGCUGGCAAUGGAGAAGGCCGCCAGAGGGAGGAAGGAUAUCGCUCUGUGUUACGUCAGCAGCCUGGGAACACAAGAGCACAGAUCGAUGAUGGAGACGGCGUAUGUGUACGGAUCCAAACACCAAUUCAUCCUCAUCACCGGAGGCCCAGUUUUGAGCCACCUGGGUGUCGAUGAGACGUCUCGCUCGUCUCAAGUGUGGUUUCUCCACUGCAGCGGCCACAGCAGGUCCAUGACCUCCGAGCACUGUCCCUCGACCCGCAUGAGCCAACCGCUGUCCACCCUCAGCCUCCACUCCUUCCUGCAGCUCAUGGAGGCUCCACUGGUGUCUGAAGUUUACCAAGACCCGUCCUCGGUCCGGCCCCCCCAGCACCCUUACCAGGACACCCCCCAGGUCUUCCUGUUCUCUCGUCCCGCAACCAAGAGAGAGGACCUGUACGAGGCCACAGCUCUGGCCUGGAGGCUCCGCGGCCUCGCCCUGGUGCUACUGGUGCACAGGAGUCCUGCAGUGAAAACCCCCGAAGAAUAUAAUGCUGCUUACAAGCUGCCUGAGAAAGGUUCAGUGGUGAAGUAUUUGCGCUCUAACAGCGCCGAUGAGCUGUUGGAGCUUUUCACCAAUCCAGUGGAAGAGGACGAGGACGAGGAAGAGGACGAGGACGAGGAGGACCCGGAGGAGGAGCCGCUGGACGCGCUGGACGAUGAGAUCGCGGAGUCUGUGUUUGAGAAUCGUCUGAACUUGCCGGACGCCGACUCGCUGGCCCAGCUGACCUCCGACAACUUCCACGCCACCGUGGCACAGAGCAGCCUGACGGUGGCGCUCUUCUACCUGCCGUGGAGCGCUGUUUCAAACGCCGUCCUCAGCUCAUUCAGUGACGUGGCGGAGAGACUCGAAGGUUCCGAGGUCCAGAUGAGCGUGGUGAACUGUGCGGAGUGGACCGACCUCUGCGCCGCCGAGUCGGGCGGCUCCCCCCCAAUCCCCUUCCAGCCAAUCACGGCCUUCCCCACCGUCUUGCUGCUCCGCCCCAAAGAGUCGGCCCAACGCUACGGGGGCCUGCUGGGUGCCGAGGCGCUGCAUCGCUUCAUCACGCUGAGCCAGCCGGCGUCUCCGGUGCUACUGUCCACCGAAGAGGAAGUGACAUCAUUCCUCCUGGAAGGGUUUGCCAGAUACAAGCCGGCUCGGGCCCUGGGACUGUUUAGGACCCGAGCAGAUGCAGGUGUGCGGCAGUUCACUGAAGCGGCAAAGUCACUGAGAGGAGAGGUGCUGACCGGGCUGCUGACUGAUGGGCUGGCAGAGAAGUGGGCAGCGGAGCACGGCGUGCGUCUCCCCGCGGCGUUGGUGCUUCCAUCGGGGGCGAAGCGCACUCGGGCCUCCGCGCUGCCCGCUUCCGCCUCCGCCCAGGAGCUACUGUCACACAUCGGCGCCGCGCUGCUGCAUCCAGUGCCGGAGCUGACGGUGGAAAACCUGCCGUCCUUCCUCUCUCUUGGCAGAGGCCUCCUCCUCCUCUUUGUGGGAGAGGAGGAGGACGAGAUCGGGCAUACGCAGAACCAGGCGCUGCUGAAGGAGAUGAGAGACGUGGUGGAGCUGGGAGGGGGUUGGAUGGAGCGAUACCUGGUCUGCUGGCUCCACCUCGGCCACACUCCGGCUGGUAUGUCUGUCUUGGGGUCGUACCUGGGCUCCAUGCCCCCCCUCCCUGCCCUGGUCCUCACCCACUUGCCCUCUGGGAGUGAAGUCUAUCAGUACCCCCCCAAUACGCCCAUACUGGCCUCCUCUGUCCUGCAGUGGCUGCAGAGGGUGGAGGACGGGACGGAGUCGGCAGCAGGGAUGUUGGGGGGGGGCAGCUGGCCUCCCACCACCGAGCUCUUCGACUUCCUGAAGAUCAUGGACAUGCAGGACCCCGACCUCAGCCGACAGCGAGCCUCAGAGGAGAAGGUGGAAGAAGGAGGGGACUCCUUUCCCGCACGGGACAAGUACCCUCACACCGAACUGUGAGGGAACGAGCGUCUUCACGUCCUGGUUUCUUCCCACCGCGGCAUUGGGACUGAUUGCUGGUGGACUUUGUUUCUGCUCGAUUGGCCAACCGUAUGAACUUCUUUAUUGUAGCUCAGCUGGGGGAAGGGAACUUGUGAGGGAGUUUACCCGAAAAAACAUGUUUUGUGAUGACGAAGACAUGGUUGAAGUGCCAGAAAACCGCCAUCCUCAUCAGAUACACGACCGUACGCGGUUUAGUCCUCCACAGAUGAUGUGCCACAUAAAUGUUUUUAACUAACUCACAUCUGCCUUCCCUCUUAAAUGAUACCACGCGUGGAAACUGCAGUGACGAGAUGUUUACGUCCUCUGUGUGUCUUGUAAAUUAGUCUGAAUGUUCUUUUCCUAUUAUUUUAAUUACUACGACAGCGGCUAAACGGAAUGGCUGCGCGUCGUUUUUAAUUUCUUCUUUUUCUUUUGGAAUUUGAGAUGCAGAAGAGGUGAAAUAGGCCAGUCGGAUUUGUCCUGUCUCAUUAUUGUUAUUCAAUUUAUUAUGGUGUUUUUAAGAUCUGUUUUUUGGGACUUUGAGUUGUUAGAAUCCAUUAGUCUCCCAGUUAAAAGGGAACAUUCAUCUUUAACGGUCUGCUGAAGGAUCCGAAGGGCCAUUGUGGUUCAGAGCAGAAUGUCUUUUGAACCCAUGCGAAUCUUCAGCUUAAGGCUUUUUCCAAGUGAACCGACUGUCCGAACAAAUGACCCAAACCACAAGACCUGUAAGUGUUUGGUUUAUCAUGUUGGAAUAGAUUAUUAUGAAAGGGUAUUGACAAAAAUAUAUUUAAUUCCACAUAGAAAUAUUUCCACAAUCGGGCUGUCUUCUAAAGUACUUGUUAAAAUGGUUUAUUUUUGUGAAUGUAUAUACACUGCGUGAGCACUGCGCAGUCCUGCCCUUCUGUCCAUUAGGCGCUGCACAAAGGUGAAGGGUCAAGCGUUUGCUGACUAAUGCUGAAAGGCGAAGGGGGGAAGUUACAGGAGAGAAGCGAUGGUUAACUACACAACAAAAUAAUUAAACUACUUGAUUAACAAUCAAGAAAUGAAUGAAACUGA